UUCUCUUUAUAACCACAAAGUGUUCAGGAAGUGCAGGGAAGUUGGCCCGAAGGCUUUACUUUCGAAUACACCAAACCACCGCCAGCUGCUAUUGUCGAAGCAGUCAUCACCUUCCAGAGUAAUAAAGUUGGUAAGAAUGCCUUCAGUUUCACCGCCAUCGAUGACAACGGUGUUAUGAAUGAUCCUAAGGUUGGAAAGAUUGUUGUUUCAAUUGAUAAACCAAAGGAGGAAGAAGUUCGUGGACCACCACAAGUUUUAUCAAUGGAAUCUUACCCAGUACCAGGACAAGAAAUUGACCUGGAUACGCCAGCGGAAUACUGGUACCUUACUUUUGACCAGAAGAUCUCACGACCAACGAAGAAGAAAAAUAUCUACGUUACUAACAUCCUAACCGGAGAGACAAUUGCAAAAUACGAUGCUUCAAAGGAAAAUCAAGUGAUAUUUGAUUCUGAGAAAACCAAGCGUGUUAAGUACAGGCCACCACCACUUACAGCUGGCACCAUGUUCGUUAUCAAUAUUGAUGAAGGAUUUGGCGAGGUUUCUUUCAAUGAUGAAUGUGGUAGAAGCGCUACCGAAGAAAGUGACCCCGGUGCUAUUAUUUUCCAAACAGCUAAGCCUAAAGUACCAGUUGUUGACUGCGGUGACAACGAGAUCACAUUCUACAUUCCAAGGAAGUUUGUGAAUGAUAUCUCACCAAAGAAACUCCAUCUCCACGACCCGUCAUGUGUAGCUCGCCCACUUAACGACACAUUCAUGAUGGUUCGAUUCGGCUAUGACGAGUGUGAGACCAGAAUCCUAAACCCUAAGAAAGGCUUGACCAGAUUCCUUAACACCCUCCGUGAUGAUCCACAACCAAUCGGAAAAGGUCAACCAGUGUCUCGACAUAAGCGUCAAUUUGAGAUGAAGAUCAUCUGUGACAUCAAGGGUAUGGAUACGGCCGAUGUCUUCUACAACCCAGACACAACUGUGCAGACUACCAAACAUGCCGGCCAGGGCAACUUCCGUACCUACCUGACCUUAUUCGACGAGAACCUGCAGGAAGUGAAAGCUGGUUUAUCACCAAGUGUCUUCCUCAACGACACCCUGACAUUCGCUGCCAGACCAGUCAAUAGCGGCAUGGAGGUGGAGAUUGAUUCCUGCAAAGCCAGCCCUCUGGACAGAACAUGUACCAAGUAUGAUUCCAAAUACGAAUUCAUCACUAACGGAUGCCCAGCCGAUGAUACUGUGGAAUAUGGUUAUUCCGUUUCCUCCGAGAAGCGUUUCACCAUAUCUGCCUUUUCUUUCCUUCACUAUGCUUCGAAUGAUCAAGUAAUGGUUAAAUGCAAGAUGUUCGCGUGCAAGCAAGGGAAGUCCAACUCUGCCUGUGCAAAAUUGAAAGCAUCGAGGAACAACUGUGGCCGACGUGGAAGAAGAAGCGCCCAGAAGAUUGAAGUAGAUGCUGACGAUGUCCAAUUCGAAGCCUUCGUUCCUCUGCGAUUCAGACACUAAAUCAAUGACAGCUUAACUAUAAACAUUACUAUUCAGUUUGAAGACUCUUGCUUAAUUAUAAAACAAAUUAUAUAAUUUAUCUGCAGACCCACCCCCGUUUAAAACACGAAAACGUGCGACAAAAAAUAAAUCUUUUAUUAUGAAAGUGUCAAUGCUGAAGAUCCAAGAGCUGUACUGUACUAAUUUCGAGCUAAGGUAUGCGUUUCCGAAAAAAUUAAAAUAGUUUGAAUUCGCAAUCAAUCAAGUGCAAUGUUUGUGAUUUUGGUGAGAAUAAAAUUUAAUUUGAUUCAACAAUAAACUGAU